AUGACAGGAAUGGAACGAACAAGAGAGGCCUUCCACCUCAUGACCACCAACAAGGUGCCGAAACUGAGGAGGAAACUUCAAAAGUCUGUCUCGAAGCAAAAACGCGGAGAUGAGCCGAGGAGGGUGGUAUCAGACACAUACAGAAAGAGCAAGUCCUCAAAACACCACAUCACCACUGCCGACAUCAGCAGUCCCAUCACAGCAACACCCCCAUACCUGCCUCCCGUGACAGUAACACCGGGAAUCAGAGAGCCAGAAUGGUCGGAAUACCUAUGGCACUCUCCUCCUCGGUCCCCUCCUCGGUCCCCUCCUCGGCGGUCCGAGAAGAAACAACAACAGCAACCUGAACCCGAAGAAAUCCCAGAACCAGACUCACCUGUCAGAAUUAUUCCCGAGCUCUCGCACCUUGCCAUCAGCGAUGCAGACCGCCGGGCAUCUAUGAGCAGUGGUCCCUCGUCCCCGGUGUCUCAAGGCUCACCGAGACGCCGGGCAAAGACACCCAUCUUCUCCAUCGGCCAGCUAGAAAACAUUCCCCGACCACGCAACGCCCUAGCAGACGAGAAGCGCUCCAGCGUCGCGCAAAUCGCCGAAGAGUAUCGCGCCCUCCUCGAAUCCCGCAACUCCUCCAUCUUCUCCCACACCCGGUCAGACCCAACACAUUCCCGGGAGCAGCUGAGGAGACAACAGACCACCUCAUCACGACGAGCCCAGUCACAACCACCCAUUUCACGUACCAACACCACUCGCAGUCGCCACGCUGGGAACGGUGGCCACCGCAACAGCCAUACCGGGAUGCACACCUUGGCACCUUCAGCACUGAAUCUCUCCCCUCAACUAUCCUCCUUUCCCAGACCACCAACAACCCCCAAAAGUCUGCAACCGGAAGCACCAUCCCCAAGAUCAGACGACGGAACUCUAGUAGCCUUUGACGACGAAACCGUUUACUUCAAACCCGACUUCGCGUCCCCUCGUCCCCCUUCCAUCUCCGACUUUCCCCUCCCCAUUCCCACUCCCACUCCCGCGCCGAUAGUCCAGAAAGACUUGUCACUGCAAAUCUGUCUCGACCUUCUCACCAGGGACCUCUCAGCGCAUCUAAUGCCGGGGUUGAGGCACCGACAGGCCAGGAAUUCGACAGAAGGGAAGAAGGAGAAGCUGUCUACGGAAACGUCGGCGCUGCAGGUGUGGGUUAUGAUUGAGGGGUAUGAGAAGUUGAGGGAGGAGUUGUUGCUGCAGGAUGGGAAGUUUGGGGUGGUGGUGGAAGGAGGAGGGCCACAGAAGGAGGCGGUGAAAGCUAUGUUGGACACUUGGCUGAGUGCGCUUUAUAAGAUUUAUGAUGAGUUGAGUGAGGAGGCUUUUGAGGUUAGGAGUGAGAGUAAUUAUUCGGAUUAUGAGGAUGGGUAUGUCUUGGAGUAG